CACUGAGAUAAACAAUCCCAAAUUCCCAAACGCCCGCAACUCGCGCUUCCGACUAUAACCGCUGUACUAAAUUGCCUAUAAAUAUCCGCGACUAUAUCUGAUUCUCCACCGGAUAGCGAUUUAAUCGAGAGCCGAAGGCGCUCGCUGGAGAUUUAAAGUGCAAUAUCUACAACUUGUUUAUGUUUACAUAAGAAGGCAGUCGAGGCAGCAGCAGCAACAACAACUAUGACGAGCACGCUACAAGAAGGAAUCCUGGUGGGAUGCGGCAAUCCGCUGCUGGACAUCUCCGCCGUCGUCCCUCUGGAUUUUCUGCAAAGGUACUCGAUGAACGAGGACGAUGCGAUCCUGGCCGAGGACCGACACAUGCCCAUUUACGGGGAGCUGGUCGAAGGCUACCGGGCUGAGUUCCUGGCUGGCGGAUCCGUGCAAAACUCGCUGAGGAUCGCCCAGUGGAUACUGCGGCAGCCCAAGGUGGCUGUCUUCUUCGGAUGCGUUGGCGAGGAUAGGUACGCCGAUAUCCUGAAGGAGAAGGCCAGUUCUGCCGGUUUGGAUGUCCACUACCAGGUGAAGCGGGACCUGCCCACGGGCACCUGUGCCGUCCUUAUCACCGGCACUCAUCGAUCGCUCUGCGCCAAUCUGGCGGCGGCCAACAACUUCACCAUCGAUCACCUGGAGGAGCCCGGCAACAAGGCUCUGGUGGAUAACGCCCAGUACUACUAUAUUUCGGGCUUCUUCCUCACCGUAAACCCGCCGAGCAUCAUGCAGGUGGCCGCCACCGCCCACGCCAAGCAGCGACCCUUCCUAAUGAACCUCAGCGCACCAUUCAUAUCGCAAUUCUACAUGGCACCGCUGCUGGCCGUCCUGCCCUAUGUGGACAUCAUCUUCGGCAACGAGGCGGAGGCACAGGCCUUCGCCGAGGCCCAGAACUGGCCCAGCGGGGAUCUGCGCGAGAUUGGCAAGCGGCUGGUGGCGAUGGACAAGCUGAAUCCGACGCGACCCCGCAUUGCCAUACUCACGCAGGGCUGCGAUCCCGUGCUGCUCAUCCAGCAGGAUUCGGUGCAGGAGUUCCCGGUCACGAAAUUGGCGGUGCAUGAGAUUGUCGAUACCAAUGGCGCUGGGGAUGCAUUCGUUGGAGGUUUCCUGUCGCAGUUUGUGCAGGGCAAGUCGCUGGACGUCUGCAUCCGGUGCGGCAACUAUGCCGCCGGGCACAUCAUCAAGAAUCCGGGAUGCACAUACUCCGGCGAGCCGGAGUUUGUCGAGUGAAAUCCGGAUACAAAAGCUACCGAAACCUUACACACACACACACCCACACACACACUAAGACAGAGAAGCGAAAGAAGAAGCAGGCAAAGCGCAGCAAGAUUUUGCAAUUGUUAAUUAAGUAAAUGAGAGUGACUAAGACAUUUUGUUAAAACACAGAUAAUUGUUUGUACAUAUAACCCACACACUCAGACACAUACUAAAGCAUACACAUGUGGAAUGACAUGAACAAAUAGCGAGAGUGAGGCUUGUGUCUUAUAGAUAGAGCAAUAUUCGAAUUUAAAUUGAUAAUAAAAUAAAAGUGACACACACGCGAGCGAAACACAAAAGUCUACGGUUUGCACAACUUGAAA